GUAACGAUAAUUAAUAAAAUACUUAGUACACAUCACGUUCGUUGCAUUAGUCGCGAAUGGACUUUGCCUUCUAAGUUGUUUUUCUGUUAAUGCUCUAUUCGAUGUAACCUUACAACACGAUCACCAUUUGUUUAUCUAAACGAUCGUAAAAUCAAUUAUUGUUUCGUUAAAUGGCAUAACUUAUCGACUACAACUAGAAAGGUCGGGCAGUGCUGUCGUAAGGCUACGUGUUGAGCUCAAGAUGGGUAAUAAAUCAUCGUUGCUAUUAAGAGAGGAAGAAAUUGCGCAGAUUCAAGAAGAAACCGGAUUCACACCAAAUCAGAUUGAGCGUCUCUACUCUCGCUUCACAUCACUAGAUAAGAAUGACUGUGGCACACUUGCCCGAGAAGAUUUCCUGCGGAUUCCAGAAUUAGCCAUCAAUCCACUCAGCGAACGGAUUGUACAUUCAUUUUUCACAGACAGCCAUGAUGAUAGAGUAAAUUUUCUGCAGUUUAUGAGGGUUUUGGCUCACUUCAGGCCCAUCAGGAAGAAUAGAGAGAACAAAUUGAAUAGUAGAGAAGAAAAGUUGAGGUUUGCUUUCUCCAUGUAUGAUCUAGACAAUGAUGGCAAAAUCUCCAGAGAUGAACUACUUGCCAUACUUCACAUGAUGGUUGGAGCUAAUAUCAGUGAAGAACAACUGACAAGCAUUGCAGAGAGAACGAUUCUCGAAGCUGACACCAACAAUGACCAGAUGAUAGAGUUUGAUGAAUUUUGCCAUGCACUGGAGCGAACAGAUGUUGAGCAGAAGAUGUCCAUCCGAUUCCUCAAUUGACCUCUGAACCCAUGAACCAUAUAUCUAAAGUAUGUCUUGACUGUCAUACUGGUGAUCAUCAUCUAUGGGAUACUUACUAAAAAGUAAAGACUUUCAAAACUUAUUGUUUGAAGUGAUUCCAAAUUUUGGUUUCGUGCGCAGUAUAGAACUAGUAGCAGAUAAAAAUUAACACGUAGAGCUUGUUAUUGCUUAUUGUGUACGAAUAGACUUGUUUCCGCAAUUCCACCGCUAAUUGUGCGUAUUUGGCUAUUAUAGUAGUGUUGUAAGAUCAGCUCCUCUAGGAAGCCAAUCAGCCCCUCUAGAAAGCCAAUCAGCCGCCUUUCAACAUUUACAUUAAUAAAACAAAGCUUAUAUAAGUCCAGUUCUGGGUACUCCAGAAGCACUAGAGCUCUUUACUACUCCCAUGCAUGUUUUGCACAGAAGAUAGGAAUGACGACUAUCUGGGACACUCAUAACAUAUACCCGAUGUUUUUUGAAAAUGCCGUGUCCUGUAAGUGCGCCAGUACGAGUUGCGAUCUGGGGGU